GCAAAGAGCAAGAAAUUUAAAGAUAUGAAACAGGAGCAACUUCCUCACACAUGUAGUCGUAGAGGCUAUGCUCGACUAGCUGAAGAUUUGAAAAAGUCUUCUUCAACUCCGAUUACACGAGUAGAUGUUUGGACGAAGGCACAUGUGAAGAAAGAUGGAACACCUAUGAACUCGCAAGUGGCCGACACUCUGGACCGUAUUGAACAAAAUCGUGUGGCUUCUUCAAGUAGUAUAAUUGAUGAUGCAAUUAGUAGAGUUCUUGGGCCCGAUCAAGCCUAUGUAAGAGGACUAGGAUUUGGUGUGACUCUAUCGAAGGUGUCUACAUCAAUUCAUAAAGAUAAAACCAUUACAUCUCUUGAAAAAAAAUGUGACAACCUUACUUCGGAUGUAGAUGAGUUGAAAAGUGUGGUAGCUUCCUUAUUAAAGGACAAGGAAAAAACAAGUGAUGACAAUUCUAAUCAUCUUGUUAAAAGAGUACCAUCAUCGGCACAUAUUCGUACUCCUACUCCUACUCCAAUCAUAAAUUCUCCACCGGUAAAUCUAAUCAUCUUUGCUAUUUUAAAUUAUUAUUGUUUGAGAAUUUUCUAACCAUAAUAUUGUUGAAAAAGAGUGUUACUACCAACACUCCC